CCGUGUGAGUUCACAGCCCCCCGGGCGCCUCGAUAAUGACGCCCAGCGCACCGAUCGCACGUAACGAUGGGCCGCUCCGGGGCACCGGGCGCCGCUAGAAGAGGCGCGCAGCUCCGAUCUGCGGCACAUGGGACCAGCCCCGACUGGGGAGGAGACCCUCGCUCAUCGAUGGUCUUAAUCCAACAGCACAUGAGCUGAGAUUUCGGGAGUGAAGAGAGACACGUAUCUGCGCCUGCCGCUUAUCAAGCCGCCAGCUGUCCGGCAGCAUGGUGGAGCUGGAGAAGGACGUUCUGCCGCUGCCGCCGCGGUACCGCUUCCGCGACCUGCUGCUCGGUGAUUGGCAAGCAGAUGACAGAGUACAGGUGGAGUUCUACGUGAAUGAGAACACUUUCAAGGAACGUCUGAAGCUGUUCUUCAUCAAAAACCAAAGAUCCAGUCUGAGGGUGCGACUGUUCGACUUCUCCCUGAAGGUGCUCAGCUGCAUACUCUACAUGAUGCGGGUGUUGCUGGAUGACCCGCGGGAGGGGCGGGGUGGAUGCUGGGAGUGUUCUAGGCUGAACUCAUCUGCCCAGCUCCGGACUCAGUUUGACUGGUCGCUGAUUCUCUGGGUGGACAGACCUCUUCCUCUCUGGGCUCUACAGGUGUUGGUGGCAUUUAUCAGCCUUUCAGAGACCAUGCUACUGGUGUAUCUCAGCUAUAAGGGUAACGUGUGGGAGCAAGUUCUGAGAGUUCCCUUCAUACUGGAGAUGAUCAGCACUGUUCCCUUUGUCAUUACUGUGAUCCUGCCUUCUCUGAGGAAUCUGUUCAUCCCUGUCUUUCUCAACUGCUGGCUGGCCAAGCAUGCUCUGGAGAACAUGAUCAAUGACCUGCACCGGGCCAUCCAGCGCACGCACUCGGCUAUGUUCAACCAGGUCCUCAUCCUCAUCUGUACCCUGGUCUGCCUCAUGUUUACCUGCAUCUGUGGCAUCCAGCACCUAGAACGCGCCGGCAACAACCUGACACUCUUUGACUCACUCUACUUCUGUGUGGUGACCUUCUCCACGGUGGGCUUCGGCGACGUCACGCCCCGGAUCUGGCCCUCGCAGCUUCUCGUGGUCAUCAUGAUCUGUGUGGCUCUCAUUGUUUUGCCUGUGCAGUUCGAGCAGCUGGCCUUCCUCUGGAUGGAGCGGCAGAAGUCAGGCGGUAACUACAGCCGGUACCGGGCGCAGACGGAGAAGCAUGUGGUGCUGUGCGUCAGCUGCCUGAAGAUUGACCUGCUCAUGGACUUCCUCAACGAGUUCUAUGCUCACCCACGCCUGCAGGACUACUACGUGGUGAUCCUGUGCCCGGCCGAGAUGGACGUGCAGGUUCGCCGGGUGCUGCAGAUCCCGCUGUGGGCACAGAGGGUCAUCUACCUGCAGGGCUCUGCCCUUAAGGACCAGGACCUAAUGAGAGCGAAGAUGGACGACGCAGAGGCCUGCUUUAUUCUCAGCAACCGCUUCGAAGUGGACCGUGUGGCUGCUGACCACCAGACCAUUCUGAGGGCCUGGGCAGUGAAGGACUUUGCUCCAAACUGCCCCCUUUACGUCCAGAUCCUCAAACCCGAGAGCAAAUUCCAUGUCAAGUUUGCUGAUCACGUGGUUUGCGAGGAGGAGUUCAAAUAUGCCAUGCUGGCUCUCAACUGUGUGUGUCCGGCUACGUCCACGCUCAUUACACUGCUGAUCCAUUCCUCUAGGGGGCAGGCAGCACCUCAGCAGGCAUUUCGGCAGCGCCCGGGGGCCUUCCCGUCCCUCAGCAGGGAAGGUGGUGCUAACUCCGUGGACCAAUGGCAACGCACCUACAGCCGCUGCUCAGCCAAUGAGGUGUACCACAUUCGCCUUGAGGAGAGCAAGUUCUUUGGCGAGUACCAGGGCAAGAGCUUUACCUUCGCAUCCUUCCACGCCCAUAAAAAGUACGGUGUGUGUCUUAUUGGGGUUCGCAGGAAGGAUACAGCCAACAUUCUGCUCAACCCGGGCCCCUGCCACAUCAUGACAUCUUCUGAUACUUGCUUUUACAUCAACAUCUCCAAAGAGGAGAACUCUGCCUUUGUCCGGGGCCAGCGGGAAUCUUCACGAGGCCCAGGGAGGGGCUCUGGCGGGGUGCCCCAGACCAUCUACCAUGGCCUGACACGCCUGCCUGUCCACAGCAUCAUCGCCAGCAUGGGCACUGUGGCCAUGGAUCUGCCCGACUCCAGCGGCAGCAGUCCAGACAGUGUGGAAGGUGGGGGCGGCGCAGGCAGCAAGCUGGGUACCAAUACCUUGGUGCUACCUGACAAGGAGGCAGGGGAGAGACGGCAGAGCAUCGGCCCAGUCCUGGAAGUUGUGGACGGGGUCAGCAGCCCCUCCCUGGAUCUCCUGAGUGACCAAUCGGAGGAUGAGAGCGGAGAAGGCGGCGAGGGGGAGGAUAGCAAAGGAGGAGCUGAGGGGCACAGCUGGGCGGGACAUUGCGAGUGGGUGAAGGGCUACCCCCUGAACUCGCCCUACAUCGGCAGCUCGCCCACACUCUGCCACCUGCUGAAGGACAAGGUGUCCUUCUGCUGCCUCCGCCUGGACAAGGGCUGCCACCACGUGCCCUAUGAGGACGCCCGCUCCUACGGCUUCAAGAACAAGCUGAUUAUCGUAUCGGCAGAGCGCGCUGGAAACGGUCUCUACAACUUCCUGGUUCCCUUGCGGGCAUACUACAGACCCAAGAAGGAGCUGAAUCCGAUUGUGCUGCUGCUGGAGAGCCCGCCUGAGGCCUACUUCCUGGAGGCCAUUUGCUGCUUCCCCAUGGUCUUCUACACCGUGGGAUCCAUUGACAAUCUGGACAGCCUGCUCCGCUGUGGCAUCACAUUUGCUGACACCAUGGUGGUGGUGGACAAGGAGAGCUCCAUGAUUGCCGAGGAGGACUACAUGGCUGACGCCAAGACCAUUGUCAACGUGCAGACCCUCUUCAGGCUCUUCCCUGCCCUCAGCAUCAUCACAGAGCUCACCCACCCAGCUAACAUGCGCUUCAUGCAGUUCAAGGUGAAGGACCACUAUUCUCUGGCCCUCUCCAGACUGGAGAAGAAGGAGCGAGAGAAAGGCUCCAACCUGGUCUUCAUGUUCCGGCUGCCCUUCGCAGCGGGGAAAGUGUUCAGUGUGAGCAUGCUGGACACACUGCUUUACCAGUCCUUUGUCAAGGAUUAUAUGAUCUCCAUAACCCGGCUGCUCCUGGGACUCGACUCCACUCCGGGUUCUGGCUUCUUGUGCGCCAUGAAGAUCACAGAGGAGGACCUCUGGAUCCGCACAUAUGGCAGACUCUACCAAAAGCUCUGCUCUUCUUCUGGGGACAUCGCCAUUGGUAUCUACAGGACAGAGUCACGCACGCUGCCUGUGUCAGAGUCGCAGGUUUCCAUUAACGUGGAGGAGUACGAAGACACUCGGGAGCCCCGAGAGCCGCUGCUCUGCCGCACGGCCCCCUCCCACCGGAACUCCACCUCCUCCGAGCCUCUGGCCCCUCCCCCAUCCUCGGUGCCCGAUCACCCGCUCCUGCGACGGAAAAGCAUGCAGUGGGCACGACGGCUGAGCCGCAAAGGCGGGCGAGGCCCCGGGGGGGCCAAGGGUCCCGCGGGUGCCGCCGAACGCAUCACCCAGCAGCGGCUGACGCUGUUCCGCCGCUCAGAGCGGCAGGAGCUGAAUGCGCUGGUGCGCACGCGCAUGAAACACCUGGGCCUGUCUCCUUCGGGAUACAAUGAAAAGGCGGACCAGGGCAACACACUGUCCUACAUCCUCAUCAACCCCUCCCCCGAUACCCGCCUGGAACUCAAUGACGUUGUGUACCUGGUGCGACCGGACCCCCUGGCAGCAGUGCCGAGCCGCGGCGCCGCUGGAGCGGCCCGACCAGAGGGACCCCGGUUCGGCUCGCGGGACAGCACCCACUUGUGAUGGGCCUGGAGCAACGCUCACCAAAAAUUGGAUGCUUUUCAAGUCCCUGGUUUUGUUUAUUUCUUCACCUGGAGAUCAGAUGUACCAUAUUUUUCAAAGAAAAGAGGAAAUGAAACAGGACACAAGCGUGUUUAGUAUUUAUAUAUAAAUGAUAGUGUAUGUAUGUAUUGUAAAUGUAUGUACAUUAUGUAUAUAGAUAUAUAGUUUCUAUACAGAUGCAGCCACUUCAGUUUUCCCCUCCCAGCCGGCUGCCUGCCGGCUGCCUGCCAAAAGCCAGCCAAAGGGACUAACCCCCCUCCUUCUGGGGGUGUGCCUAAAUUCUCAUCUAAACCCGCCCAUUUAUUCACUUGCAGGGUGUUACCAUGAGAUAGCGCUUUCUUUACAAAAACACUUUUUAGUUGUGGUCACAAGUUUACAUACAACAGGUAUCAACCAGAAUCUUUUGGUAGCCAUUAGCAAGCCUCUGGCAUAAUUCUGGCUGAAUAUUUGACCACUCUUCUCUGCAGAAUUUCUACUUCAUUUAAACUAGUUGGGUUCCAGGCACAGACCUGGCUUUUCAGCAUAACCCACAACUGUUUUGAAGCUUGGCAUCCUGAUCAGGAGUGACAAUUUAUAUAAAAACAUAAGAACAUAAGAAAUUUAUAAACGAGAGGAGGCAAUUCAGCCCGUCAAGCACAUUUGAGGAAAACUUUAAUAGCUCAGCACCUAAUAGCUAACUAAUUUGUUGUUCUAAUAUUCAUUUAUUGUUUUGUAUUAUUCCUGUAAUAUAAUGUGAUUGCACAUUUUAUACAUCAAUGUUUAAU